CGAUGCUUGCUGACAAUUGAACUUGUCCUUUACUCAGGAUUAGCGACGCCCUCAGGAGCUUGCACGAGAGGAACUAGUAGCAUGCUUCGAGCUCCCUCGAGUUGCCGAGCUGCUGUUGAGUACUUAUGGGGCUCGGCACUCGAGAGAAAGCAACUCAAGUAUUGCAGAAACAUCCACCGAUCGCGGACGAGGACAUAGACGAAGACGAAGACUAAACUGUGGAAGUUGAGGGGCUGCAUUGGGUUUCGAGAUCGGAAUGAUUCCGAUCUAUGAAUGAGACAAUUUGCAGAAUUCGAAGCUGCAUCCAAAUCGGUCUGUUGACCUCAUUAUCAUAGCUGAGACCAGAUGCGCAUUUGUAGCGACCAGUUGAUGUCGUUGCUAUGCGAUUCGAGCACGUCAACCCCGAUCUAGAUCCAAGCAGUCAAAGAGUAUAAAGGCUUGAGUUCUUCUCGAUCAUAGCCACAGUCCUUUCCACCUCGGGGCUGCAGGAAGCUGCAGCAGAAUGCCUGGCCCGAUCUAGAGAGAGCUACAGCCUCGAGAGUGGAGUGGACUCCAGCGGAUCCCAAGUGCAUGCGCGUGGAUUGGUCGGAGAUCAGCGAUGGAGUUGAAGAGAGGGCAUCUGUUGGUUCUGUGCCUACUGGCAUCGGUGGUGUUGGCUUCGGCAACAUGGGAUGUGCCCAAGUACAAAAAGCCCGUGAAGAAGUACCAAGCACCCAAGUGUGCUCCCAUCAGGCAGUUCACAUCGUGCGCUGCGUUCGUGAAGAAGUCGUCAUGGCUUUACGGCAAAUGGUCGUGGACGCCGACCCCGAAGUACUGGUCUCCCUGCUGCAAGCUGGUCAGGAAGGAGUCGCAUGAUUGCCUGUGCGCGGCAGCCAACUCCAAGUACAAGCACUUCAAGGUCGACAUGGCCAAGGCAUUGUCUUUGCCGAAGAAGUGUGGCAAGAAGGCUCAAAAGGGCAAAAAGUACGACGCCAAGUGCAAAGUGUUUAAGCCCAAGUCCAAGCCUCGCGCCCCAGUGUACAAGUAUAAAUCUCCACCUCCUCCAGCGUACAAGUACAAGUCUCCACCACCACCAGCGUACAAGUACAAGUCUCCACCACCACCGGCGUACAAGUACAAGUCUCCACCUCCACCGGCGUACAAGUACAAGUCUCCACCACCUCCAGCGUACAAGUACAUGUCCCCACCACCUCCGGCGUACAAGUACUCUUCCCCACCUCCUCCAGUGUACAAAUACGCAUCACCACCACCUCCGGCAUACAAGUACAAGUCACCACCCGCGUAUAAGUAUUCUUCUCCACCCCCUCCAGUGUACAAAUACGAAUCACCACCACCUCCCGCGUACAAGUAUUCUUCUCCCCCACCUCCAGUGUACAAAUACGAAUCACCACCUCCUCCCGCCUACAAGUAUUCUUCUCCCCCACCUCCAGUGUACAAAUACGAAUCACCACCACCUCCCGCGUACAAGUAUUCUUCUCCCCCACCUCCAGUGUACAAAUACGAAUCACCACCACCCCCUCCUUACAAGUAUGCGUCUCCUCCCCCUCCCCCGUAUAAAUAUGAGUCUCCUCCACCACCUCCUUACAAGUACUCGUCUCCUCCUCCUCCUCCCUAUAAGUACGAGUCUCCUCCACCACCUCCUUACAAGUACGAGUCUCCUCCUCCUCCUCCGUAUAAAUAUGAGUCUCCUCCACCACCUCCUUACAAGUACGAGUCUCCUCCUCCUCCCCCGUAUUAGUACGAGUCUCCUCCACCACCUGUGUACGUGUACGCCUCUCCACCUCCUCCUGCCAAAUCUCCGGCGGUUGCUCCCUCCUCCAUCGAGCAACCCGCUGGUUACUAGACAUGCAGCUGGAAAGAGGAAGUAGCAACAACGAAGACGAGCGAUCAGAGAGUUCGACUGUCACCUGCAACUGACAUCACAGUCAUUGCACAGACUUCUCAUCAUGCUGCCAAGCAUCGACACGAGUUUUCUCGUUUUGAAACGUAGGUGAAUCCGAGGUUGUGACUGACAGUGACGCUCAGUCAUUCGGAAAGAGAGGAUUCACUCACGGAGUGGCUUGAUCCUGCUCGUAGUGAGAAUUGCAGUUUUCAGACUUGUCAUUUCUACAUAAAAUGAGUAUGCAACAUUUUUCCACAGAUAUCCCUUUGGGCUUCGAUGUACAUGACUGUGGUGUGAUGGAUGUAUCGUGCUUUCAUGGGGACGGUAUGUGGCCCAUGGCGGAAUGGAAAAUGAUGAGAUUGCA